AUGACCCAGCCCUUGACGCCUCAUAUCCCCAUCACCCGCCACGACUUUUCGGCAUACACGAGACGAGACCACUCCGCGAUUCCCCCUCUGCUCCUCUCCAAUUCCGCUUCCCAACCAGCGCGCGCCCUCCUCCUACCGGAAACAUACAGGCGUACGACGCCAGAGGCCUCGGGACGAAAAGCCAAGCUCGCGCAUUCGUACCAAGAGCUCCUCGAUGAAUUCUCGACAAAAGACCUCAAGUCCGUCGGCAACUACACCCUCGGCCGGCUCAUUGGCAAGGGCUCCUUUGGCAAGGUGUACCUCGCCAACCACAAGCUCACCAAUGGCUCCAAGGUCGUCCUAAAAUCCGCCAACAAGAGCGACGCCAAUCUCGCCCGCGAAAUCCACCACCACCGACAAUUCGUCCACCCCCAUAUCGCCCGGUUAUACGAAGUCAUUGUCACGGAAUCCCUAGUGUGGAUGGUGUUGGAGUACUGCCCAGGUGACGAAUUGUACAAUUACCUCCUCAAGCAUGGCCCUCUCCCCGUACACAAAGUCCAACGCAUAUUUGCCCAGCUCGUGGGCGCAGUCGCCUACGUUCACGCCAAUUCGUGCGUCCACCGGGACCUCAAGCUCGAGAACAUCUUGUUCGACAAGAAUGAAAACGUUAAGCUCGUCGAUUUCGGCUUCACCCGCGAGUACGAAGGCAAGGCGAAUCACCUACAGACGUUCUGCGGCACGAUAUGCUACUCCGCACCCGAGAUGCUUAAAGGCGAAAAGUACGCGGGCGAAAAGGUGGAUGUGUGGAGCCUCGGCGUCAUCCUCUACGCCCUCUUGUGCGGCGAACUACCCUUUGACGAUGACGACGACAAUGUCACGAGAACAAAAAUCUUGACCGACGAACCUAAAUACCCCGAUCACAUUCCCGCCGAUGCGCUCUCCUUGAUCAAGCUGCUCCUCUCCAAGCGGCCCCUCCUGCGACCCUCUCUCUCCGACGUGCUCAACCACCCCUUCCUCGCCGAGCAUUCCCCGAACCAGCAGGCCAUCCUCAAGGUCCAACAACCUGCGCCAUUCUCGACCGCCCUCGAGAGGGAGGUUCUACAACGCAUGCGAAGCGCGGGCGUGGAUAUCGACCACGUCAUUGAGAGCGUCCUUUCGCAAAGGUGCGACGCUCUCGCUGGCUGGUGGACCCUCCUUCUCGAGAAAGAGGAACGCAAGGCGAGGCGCCGGGAGAGGAAGCGCCGGGAAAAGGAAGCCGAGCUCCGAAGUCUUCGCCGACUGUCGGCCGCGUCGAGCCGCCUCGAGCGCAUGACUCCCGUACUCCACGACGUGCGCGAGGAAGGCGCGAUAGGGGACUUUAUGCGAGUCGGCGAGCCCCCACGCACGCGCGGCCGAAGCGAGCGACGGAGCGCCCACUACGCCGACUACCGCGUGCCCGACCUACCCCUUCUUGCCGAGUCGAGCCGCAGUCCGGCUAUGCCCCAGGGCGAAGUAGCACCUCCGCCUAUCGACAAGGAUUCCAUACGGGGCUCCACGCUACAUCUAGUGACGACGUCGGAUGCGCUGCAGCAACUGCAUCCCGAUGCGGCUGCCGAAAGUGCUGGCCGCCCGCCCAAGGUCCGCAAGCGGCCGUCGCAAGCCAUCUUGGCGACGUGGAAGAAUUGGACGCACUGGAUCUUUGAGAACACGCGGCGGAGCAAGUCGCACAAUCGCAAGGGCAGCCUAUCGACGCCGGACCUGCGCAAAAAUGGUGGCAAACCCGGCAGCGGUAAAGGGUCGGAAGCGUCGAGCCCGCGGCCUCAGACGGGCAAGUACGCGCGCAGCAACGCGAGCGCGAGCCCCAACCCGGCCACCAGCGUGUUGCCCCCAGGUCUGGUCGCCAACGGCCAGCUGUCCAAGGCGGGACCGCCCCAGCCCCUUAUCGUGGCGCGAGGCUUCCUCGUCGCAGAGUUACAAGCGGCAGUCGUUGUCGCCCUCGCCGCUCACGCCGCGGACGGCGAUGCGGCGGUCGUCGACGGGCCUGCGCGGCCGCAAGUCGACGUCGUCGUCGGUGUCGUCGAUCCGCUCGAUCCACCACCACCAUCACUGCACUCGAAAGCGUCGUCGACCAGCUCCAACGGCUCCGUGUCCACGGCCAUGUCCAAGUCGACGCUGCACCACCGCGGUACCUCGCCCCACCACAGCGUCAAGGUCCUGCCCGCCACGCCCACGCACAACCCGAUCCCGUCCAACAUUCGCCUCGUGCGCGGCAGCGGCUCGCCCGCUCCUCUGCGUUUGUUCAACGAGGGCAUGCCCUAUCCCGGAAGUAGUAGUAGCAGCGCCCCGGGAUCGCCGAACCCGUUUGCGUCCGGCGGCGUCAUGUUCGCCAAGCGCAAGCGCAACCUCUUCAAAGGCCCGAUGCUCAACACGAGCGGCCACCACUCCAGUGGCGGCGGAGGAGGCGGCGCCGGCAGCAGCAGCGGGGGUCGCUCGCGGAGCGGAAGCGGCGGAGGCUCGGCGAGCAGCCACUCGCGCAGCGCGAGCGCGUCGGGCCUGGGCCGGCGGUCGGGCGAGAUUACGAUUCAGGAAGUCGACGAGGACGACGAGGACGAGGACGAGUACGGGCCGGGUCGGCGCUCCGACCUGGAAGAGCAUAUCGAGGAGCACAUUUUUGACGAGGGCGAGGUGGUGCCGGAUGCGUUGGGGUUGGGGCUUGCGCCGGCGCCGACGAUUGUGACGGGGUUGGCGGUGCCCAAGGGGUAG